AUCGCCUCGUGAAAACUGCAUCCGCUUGGUGACGUCCACUUCGGUCGUAGCUCGAAUCGUCGCAUUGCCAGUCGGUUGAUUUCGUCACAGUUCGUCGUGCGACUGCGGCGGCAACGGUGAUCAAAGAGGCACAGAAAGAAGACGAUCGAGGAUACGACAACUUCAGAAAAAUGAAAACCUACGCCGCUUUGUUGGCCAUCCUGCUUGUAGCAGCCAAAGUAAACGCUUGGGGAGGCCUUUUUAAUCGCUUCUCCCCUGAAAUGUUGGCCAACAUGGGCUAUGGUGGGCAUGGCGGAGCAAUUAGAGAUGGAGAGGACAACUUCCUGGAGGAAUACGGAACUGAAGUUGAUGAGGAACCUUGCUACGGGAGAAGGUGUACUUCUAAUGAGAAUUGUUGCCCUGGAUCUGUUUGCAUCGACGUGGAUGGAGUGAUUGGUACGUGCGUCUUCGCCUACGGUCGUCGAGUAGGCGAACUUUGCCGAAGAGAUUCCGACUGCGAAUCAGGAUUGGUUUGCGCUGAGUCCGACUCUGGACCGAACGCCAGAGUUUGUAGACCACCGGUACACCAAGACAAACAGUAUUCUGAGCCCUGUCACAUGUCAAGUGAAUGCGACAUUUCUAGAGGAUUGUGCUGUCAAUUGCAGAGACGUCACAGACAAGCUCCAAGAAAGGUUUGCUCCUAUUUCAAGGACCCCCUCGUAUGCAUAGGCCCCGUUGCCACAGAUCAGAUCAAGAACGAAGUGGAACACACCGCUGGCGAGAAGAGAAUCACCGGCCUGGGCGCAUUCAAACGCCCAAUGAUGCACUAAAUUACUUAAAUUAUUAUUCAUCCUUUCAAGGAAGAUCAUCAAAUUUAAACAAUCCUUUCCUGUGAACUAUUUUUGCCAACUAUCGAGAAGCUCCAACACUAAAAUAUCUCCAUAUUAAUAUAUAACUGAUAUAAUAUAGAGUCUUGGCUUUAAAGAACUUCAGUCGAAACAGUAUGUAUAUGACAAUUGACUAAAGUUUGAACGAUAUAUCAACCAAUUCUAGACUAUUAAUACAUUAUGGAAUUAUAAAAUGUACUGAAACUAUCGUUUUUGUACAUUUUACUAACUUAUAUUUAAAAAAUAGAGUUGGAUAAGGGAUAAAAAUUAUAUUAGAACUAUCUAGAAUAAAUGUAUACAAGUUUUUAAUAUAAAUAAUUAUUGUAACAAUGAAUAAACAACUACACUGAUCAUAUUCAUGCUGUACAAGUCUAUAUGUUGUUACAUAAAUAUAUUGUAUAAGAUUAUUUUUAUAAUAUUUAAACACAGUAUUUAUAAGAUUUAAAGACAGUUACAUAUCAGUUAAAUACUAUUCCAUUACAAAAAAUAUUUUUCUGCUAAAUAUUUAGAUAUAGGUACAUGUGUGGGCUUCUCUUUUGUUGGCAAUAUAUCUAUUGAUAUUUCCCAUCAAAUCGUCUGUUAUAUUUUUCAUUAUUACACUGAGACGAUGUGAAUACAAUUUCAUAAUUUCCCUCUAUCAUCUUUGUCGUUUUCUUCGAAUAAUUCUAUCUGUAUGUAAAUGUAUUUAAAGAAAAAAAAGACCAUUUUAAUGGCUGAGGCAACAUAAUAGAUCUUAACUAAUUUUAAAAAAUUUAAACUACUCGUAGGUUAAGAAAUGUGAGUUAACUUCGAUAAUUGACUUGGCCUAGAUUAGAAAUUAUUGAAAAAAUGAUUCGUGUGACGUAGAAAAUUAUGGUAUUUCCGUCAAUUUGAGGAAGAAUAUCGUCCACCAUCAGAUUUUUCUGUGAUUCGUCGAUAUAAAGACAUGGUACAAAAAAUAAAUCGUUGGAUUUGAACGUACAAUGAUACUGAAGGCAGAAAAAUCAAAUCAAACUUGUUAGAAAUGGAUAGAGGGUAGAGUCAUGGUAGAGUUAGAUCAAUCUACUACGAUUACUUACUAUUAUUUUCUCAAAAAAUCUAUGAAAAAGGGCAAGAAAAGCGUAUUUUUCUAAAAAGAAAAGCGCCAAGUGUUCUAAACUAAAUGAAUUAGUCGAUAAAUAUGAUUAAGAAGCGCUUUCCUCUUUUAGCUGAUGAUAUUUAAAGAGUGACAAGUCGUUUUCGAUUAAAAUUAAUACAUAUCAUAUGAUACAUAUCAUUAUUACUGUAACUUGUACUGUAUAAUCUAAAUUAUAUUGAUGUUAUAUUAUUGUAAACAGUUAUUUCGAAUAAAUGUCUACAGCAAAUAA